AUGAGGUCAGAAGUCGCAAUCUUAGCUAUUGCGGCAGUCGCAUCGGCCUUGCCUCAACCACCCCCGCCUCCACCACCAGCGCCCAAAGUCAACGAAUAUGACUAUGUCAUCGUCGGUGGUGGGCUGAGCGGCCUCGUUGCAGCCACUCGUCUGUCCGAAGACAGCAAGAAGUCUGUUGUCGUCCUGGAAUACGGCCCAAUCGUCCGUACCAAUAUUACCCGGAUUCCGUACUAUGGCACGCAACUCAACCUGGCCGGCAUGCACCCCAUCACUUCUAACCCGGAACCAUACCAUAAAGGCCGCAGCUAUGCCGUUCGGGCGGGCGCAAUUGCUGGCGGUGGCUCCCAGGUGAAUGGCAUGCAGUGGGAUCUGGCGUCGGCCGCCGAUUAUAACGAAUGGGAAGCUCUUAGCAACCCAGGCUGGGGUUGGGACGGUCUCCAGCCUUACUACAAGAAAGCCGCCACGUUCGAACCUCCGCCAGCUGCCAUCCAAGCCAAGUAUAACUACUCGUACGACCUGUCAGCAUAUGGCUCGAACUCACCUGCACAUGCUAGUUUUCCGCAUUUCCAGUAUCCGGACCUGUACAACUUCAAAGAUGCGAUGGAUGAAUUGGACAUCCCAUUCGUCAAGGAGCAUGCUCUUGGCAACGCUGUUGGUCAGUACUGGACGCCUGCGUCAAAGAACGAGGCAACUCAGACACGCUCGUCCUCCCUGUACAACUAUUACGACCGCGUCUCAGGACGGUCCAAUCUGAAACUCCUUCCUAUGCACCAGGCCACCGAGAUCAUCUUCAAGCAAGAGCCUAAGGAACUGAAGGCAACUGGUGUCAAGGUCCUUAACCGGUCUACCAACCAGACCAUCGAGUUCAAGGCAAAGAAGGAACUCAUUCUCGCGGCAGGAGCGGUCCUCACUCCUCACUUGCUUCAACUGAGCGGUAUUGGUCCCAAAUCGGUUCUCGAUGCCGCCGGUAUCAAGACCAAGCUCGACUUCCCCGCAGUGGGCAGCAACUUCCAGGAUCACCCAACUGCUUACCUCAACUGGAACUUGACCAACACCUUCCCUCGCCCGACUGAACUGACGACUAACGCCACAUUCUUCGCGGAGGCAUACCGUCUCUACCAUGAGAAGAAGACUGGCCCGCUGACAAAAGCGCAAGCCAAUUUUGUCGGUUUCCUGUCACUAGAGAUGGUCACGUCCGAGGCUUCUGCACUUAUUGCUGCUGCCGAGGUCGAGAGUACCGAUCACUUACCAGCCAUUUACAAGUCUAACCCUCAGUUGCUCGCUGGCUAUGAAGCUCAACGUGACCUGCUCCUCAAAGACAUCGCCGCAGGCUCUGUAGCGGUUCUCGAGUUCCCUAAGCCCUUGUCGCGUGGAACCGUCCAUCUCAAUGCGACCAACCCCAUGGGCUAUCCCAACGUCACACACUACUCCAUGGGGAGUGCCUUCGAUCGCGCAUCUAUCUUCGAAUAUGUCGAGUUUAGCCGCAAGCUAUUCGGGUCGGAGGCGAUGAGCUCGCUCAACCCGGCCGAAGUCACACCUGGUCCCCAAUACACGACGGAAGAGGCGGUGCUGGAGCGCCUGAUUAGUGCUGGCUCGCUCACCCCAACCUUUAGCCAUCCCAGCGGUAGCUGCCCAAUGAUGCCGAAGGAGUUGGGAGGUGUCGUGGACGCUGAGUUACGUGUAUACGGCACGAAGAAUCUGAGCAUCAUCGACGCUUCCAUCCUGCCAGUCAUCCCGGCCGCGCAUUUGCAGCUUCGAUGUACGCCGUGGCUGAGAAGGCCAGUGAUAUCAUCAAGCGAGGAAGCCGUGAUGCGGUGGAACCUGCGGGCGCGUAUGAAGCUACGGACACAUGUAAUGGGAGCUUUCUUGCGCUUCUUUGGAACGAUGGCGGCAUACUCGAACGGAACGGCCAUCAGAGGACCUCCAGCGCGUCUUGUAUGA